GGUCCUGCGCGUUAAGUCAUCGUGCCGACGAAAAUGGCUGAAAGUCGCGAGCAAUUUCGGCAAGUACUGGACACUCUUUUAAGCGCCGAUAAUAAUAUUCGAUCUCAGGCAGAGGAGGCCUACAACAAUCUCCCGGUUGAAUCAAAGGUUACAUUCCUUCUGAGCUCGGUCCAUAAUGCUGGAAUGGAAGAGGAACUUCGGCAGAUGGCUGCUGUUCUUUUACGACGGUUGUUCACAGCAGAGUUCAUGGAAUUCUUUCCAAAGCUGUCACCAGAGGGACAGCAGCAACUAAAGGAGCAAGUGCUGCUUGCUGUACAGCAAGAAGAGUCGGACUCGAUACGCAAGAAAGUUUGUGAUGUGGCAGCUGAGGUAGCCCGUAACCUAAUUGACGAAGAUGGAAACAACCAGUGGCCUGAAUUUCUUCAGUUUCUUUUCCAGUGUGCAAAUGCACCAACUCCUGUUCUGAAAGAAAGUGCACUCCGCAUGUUCACAUCUUUUCCUGGUGUGUUUGGAAACCAGCAGUCUCAUUACUUAGACCUUAUUAAGCAGAUGAUGCAGCAGUCUCUCAUGGAAGGUGCAGGCUAUGAAGUUCGGUUCCAAGCUGUUCGUGCUGUUACAGCAUUUAUAAUGCUUCACGAGAAGGAAGCUCCAAUUCAGAAACAUUUUUCUGACCUACUACCCAAUAUGGUGCAGGUAACAGCUGAGAGCAUUGAGAAACAAGAUGAUGACACACUCCUUAAGUGUUUAAUUGAUAUCUGUGAAUCGGCACCCAAGUUUCUUAGACCACAGCUAGAUCAAAUUCUUAACCUAUGCAUGAAAGUACUUUCAAAUGAUGAUGUACCAGAUUCUUGGAGACACUUAGCACUGGAGGUGAUGGUGACAUUGUCAGAGACAGCACCAGCAAUGCUACGCAAAGUUGGAGCCAAAUACAUCCCUUUACUGGUACCUCAGGUGCUUAAAAUGAUGACUGACCUAGAAGAUGAUUCUAAUUGGAGUGUGUCUGAUGAAAUCAUAGAUGAUGAUAACGACAGCAACACAGUUGUAGCUGAAUCAGCAUUAGAUCGUCUGUCAUGUGGUCUGGGUGGUAAGACCAUGAUGCCGCAUGUAGAACAAAACAUCCCAGGAAUGCUUUCUAACCCUGACUGGAGGUACAGGCAUGCAGCUUUGAUGGCUCUGUCAGCUGUGGGUGAAGGUUGUCACAAGCAAAUGGAAGCAUUGUUGCCCCAGAUUAUGGAUGGAGUCCUCAGUUUUUUACAAGAUCCUCAUCCACGGGUGAGAUAUGCAGCCUGUAAUGCUAUUGGCCAAAUGUCAACAGAUUUCGCUCCACUGUUUGAAAAGAAGUUCCAUGAUAAAGUUGUACCUGGACUGCUUAUGGUCCUAGAUGAUAAUGCUAACCCAAGAGUUCAGGCACAUGCUGGGGCUGCACUUGUCAAUUUCAGUGAAGAUUGUCCAAAGAACAUCCUCACUCAGUAUCUUGAUGCCAUCAUGAGUAAGCUGGAAUCUAUACUAAGCACAAAGUUUAAAGAGCUUGUGGAAAAGGGCACAAAGCUGGUGUUGGAACAGGUUGUAACAACAAUUGCUUCUGUUGCGGACACCUCAGGGGAGCAGUUUGUGGCAUAUUAUGAUCGUUUGAUGCCCUGCCUCAAAUAUAUUAUCCAGAACGCCAACACAGAGGAACUAAAGAUGCUCCGUGGGAAAGCUAUUGAAUGUGUUAGUCUUAUUGGAUUGGCAGUUGGUGCUGAAAAGUUUAUGAAUGAUGCAAGUGAAGUCAUGGACAUGUUGCUGAAGACGCAGACAGAAGGGGGUCUACAGGAUGAUGAUCCCCAAACAUCAUACCUCAUCUCUGCCUGGGCUAGGAUAUGCAAGAUACUAGGGAAACAGUUUGAACAGUAUCUGCCAUUAGUCAUGGGCCCUGUUAUGAAAGCUGCAUCCAUGAAGCCUGAAGUUGCCCUUCUUGACAAUGAGGAUAUGCAAGGGAUUGAAGGAGACAUUGAUUGGCAGUUUGUAUCACUUGGGGAGCAGCAGAACUUUGGCAUCAAAACAUCAGGUUUGGAAGACAAGGCCUCGGCUUGUGAGAUGUUGGUCUGUUAUGCCCGUGAAUUAAAAGAAGGUUUUGCAGACUAUGCAGAAGAAGUGGUUAAGUUGAUGGUUCCUAUGCUCAAAUUCUAUUUUCAUGAUGGUGUAAGGACAGCUGCAGCAGAGAGUUUACCUUACCUACUUGAUUGUGCCAAAAUCAAAGGCCCACAGUAUCUGCAAGGGAUGUGGAGCUUCAUCUGCCCUGAACUACUCAAAGCCAUCAAUACAGAACCCGAGAAUGAAGUACUGGCUGAACACAUGCACGCCUUAGCCAAAUGCAUUGAGACACUGGGAAAUGGGUGCCUGACAGAAGAAGCAAUGGCAGAACUGAUACGUAUCUUGGACAAGAUUAUGAAAGAUCAUUUCAGUAAAGCAGUGGCACGUCAAGAGAAGCGAAAGGAUGAGGAUUAUGAUGAAGUUGUAGAGGAGCAACUUGAGGAUGAAGACAGUGAAGAUGUUUAUAUCUUCAGCAAAGUUGCAGACAUUAUUCAUUCACUCUUCUUGACAUACAAACUUAACUUUUAUCCAUACUUCGACCAGAUAGUUGGCCAUUUUGUCAAAUGCUUGGCACCAGAAAUGCCAUGGCCAGACCGUCAGUGGGCUCUCUGUAUCUUCGAUGACACAAUAGAAUAUGGUGGGCCAGCCUGUGUCAAGUACCAGGAGUAUUUUCUGCGACCCAUGUUGAACUAUGUGACCGACAAGGCAGCAGAAGUGAGACAAGCAGCUGUGUAUGGUUGGGGUGUUCUCGGACAGUUCGGUGGUGAAGCAUUUUCUGGUGCUUGCGGAGAGGCCAUACCACGUCUGGUGGAAGUAAUAACAGACCCAGAGUCUCGUUCUCCUGAGAAAAUCAAUCCAACUGAGAAUGCUAUCUCAGCCAUUACUAAAAUACUCAAAUAUAACAGUUCUGCAAUCAAUGUUAAUGACAUAUUACCACACUGGUUGUCAUGGUUACCAGUAUGGGAAGAUGAUGAUGAAUCUCCACAUGUAUAUGGCUACCUGUGUGAUUUGAUUGAGACAAAUCAUCCACUAAUCCUAGGUCCAAAUCAUGUUAACUUACCCAAAUUAAUAGCCAUAAUUGCAGAAGCAUUUGCAAGAGAUGCUAUCGAUUUGGAACAUGAAGUUACAAAGAGAAUGAUAGGCCUAGUGAGACAGAUCCAGGGAAACAAUGAAGUGUUUCAAGCAUGUGUCACACAGCUGACAACAGAGCAACAGCAAGCACUACAUGAGGUUCUCAGUGGUGUAAAUUGACCUUCAAGCUUAGUACCAGAACCUACACCACAAACUACAAGUGAUAAUAAAAUUGCAGGUGCAGUGAACACAUGCCAACAGGGGAUCCUACUUGUUAAACAGUUGAUUAUUUAUGUUGCCAAUUGCAUAGUACUGCAAUAGCAAAAUUGAAAAUGAAAAUGUUGAUUGAACAGUUUUGUCAUAUAUAUAAUUUGUUAAGAAUAAGUUGUUGCAGUACUGCUGUAGGACUUUGUAUUGAAGAAAUUAUGAUACAGAAGUUAUUUUAUUUAUGUAUAACUGAUGACAGGUAAUUCAUGAUAGAAGUUUUGGGUGUAUUUUUUGGAAACCCAAAGACAUUAUUUUAUUUUGAAUUUUGCAUCAUUAUUAGCUUUUAAAUUUACUUUAUUAUUUUCAUGCUCAAAAAUCACACUUUAUGAUUUUUAUUUUAUUUUUGUUCCCACAUUCAUGCACAAUUUUACCGUUAUGUUGCAAUUCUUGGUUUUACAAGUUAAUUAAAAUUUGUAUUUAAUUUUGUCAUCAUAGUUGGCGGUGUGUCUACCAUAGUAUACAGUUGCUGUAUAAAAUGUGUGUCAUAUGUAAAUGAAUCUGUGAUAGAUAUGUUAUCUGCAAAAAUAAAUUACCUUUCACAUUUUUUGCUUUAGGUACUUAUGUAUGUAAAGAAGCUAAGCAUGAGUACAUAAAUAUUGGAAUUACACUUCAAGGUAUGCAGUUCCAGUAUUUAAAGCUCAUUUCUGUUCUGCAUUGUACUCUUCCUUUCUAUUUUGCUCUUAAAUGACAUUACACAAAAACAUAUAUUUUUAUAUAUCCACGAUCAUCUUUAUCUUUGUCAGCACUCUUUAAUAUGUUGUAUGGGUGUAAGAAAGACAUUAUAUGCAUAAUACAACUUACAUAUGUAAUAAAAUUUAUUAUAUACUUUUGGUGUUUUUAGCACUUGAGUUUAUGUUUUUUUUAUGUUUGUGAGCACUUGAAAGUUGACUGAAGAGUUUAUGAAUUACUAAUAAACAAUUUUUGCUUAUGCUUGUCAUCAGGCAGAAAAGCAUAUGAAUUUUUAUUAGUAAGGGAGUUAAAUCCCUUUCUUAUACAUUUUGUUGGUUAAUGAAGAUAUACAGCAGUCUUCAUUUUAAAAAAUAUGUCUUGUAAGCAUGUAAUUUUCAUGUCAGAAUAGGUUGUGUUCUUGCCAGAUGUGACACUGGAAAUACACCAGGCAAAAUGUGAUAGACUGGAUGGUACCAUUGUAUACCAAUAUUAGUUACGACUCCAUCUGUGAAUGCAGUAGAACCUCUACAUAACAAAAUUGAAAAUACAUUGGACCCAGAUCUUUAGACUUUGUUAUGUAGAGGUUUUUAAUUAAUGUUUAUUUGUCAUUUUAUGGUCAUUAUAAUAUGUAUGUGACACAGAAAUAUAAAUACUAUUUUACAAUGGAAACUGUGAAGUCCAUUGUUUCUUUUAAAUAAUUGAAACUCAUCACUACAAUAGCUGAUAGAAGCAGAGGGAGUUUGGUCAAAUGGAUCUGGUGUAAUGAUGUAAUUUGCUUUUGUUUUGAAAAUGUACUGAGAAUUUAUGCCAUCACUCUUAUUAGACUUUCGGACCGACCAUUCAUAAUCUGGGGAUGUUUUAUCUCUCACUGUGCCAAAUUUUAUGUCAAAUUUUGUUUUUGGUUGUUUUCAUAGAAGUAUCAUGUAGUCACCAUGCUUUUACUUUCAGUUGUAAAGAAAAUCACCAAAAGAGAAUUUUGUAAUUUUUAAAUUUAUAUGAACUUUAAAUGUUGGAAUAGUUGAAGUUAUGGAUUUUAUAAGCAUAUUUCAUUGGAAUAAUUGCCAGUGGCAAUGUUCUCUAAAAAUAUCCAUAUUCAUUCAGGAGCCAGUAAUGGGAAUGUGCUACUUUCAUUGUAAUAUAAAAUGUUUCUCUUUCAGUAAUCACCCUAGAUUGGACAGUUCCCCAAGAUUUAUAUUGCUGGUCCAUUAUAAGAUCAGUUAUGAAAUUGUCCUUUUUUUUUUUCAUUUCCCUCCACUCAUGACAAUACAAAUUUUUGUGGAAAUGUAAUGAGGAAGGUUAAUAAAUCACAGUGUACACACACAA